AUGUCAUCGACGCAAUCAAACGGCUCGCCCGUCGUGGAUCAUCGCGAACUCUUUACGCGUGCUGUGACUAGGAUCCUGUCCACUGACAUUGCGGAGACUACCUACGCACAAAUCAUCGACGGGCUACCGCUCUUCGACGUUCUUCUGGACAGCAGAGAUGGAUUGUUUCCUAAAGGCCAUCCUAUCCGGAACCACACUCAGCUUUGCCCAGGCAUACUCGACAAGACCCGAGAGUUUCGUGACAAGUUCCGCCCCCAAACACUACAAUUCGACUCCAGACUUCUUUCUGCAUACAAGGCCGCUGGCCCAGGCUCAAAAGCAUUCAACACACGUCUGAUUGAAAUGACCGCCGUCGCUGUCCACGAAAUCGCUGUACUCCUUUUUAACCGCAACACGAGCCUGCAUAAGGAUGACGGGAUCACAGAGUGGACACCACCAAAGUCCGACACGUGGUUCUGGGAAUGGAAUCCAGACGGGCCCCUUCCCACCCUCUUCAAGCACCCGUGGUUCAUAGACUUUGAACAAUACCCUAAUGGAGUCGCUGACAUGGUCGGCUACUGGGCCGAGGCGCGUAUCCUAGGUGGCGUAGUCCUGUUUGAUCGGCGCACGCCAGACGACAAACCCGCAUCCAGCCUUGACCUAGAUGAUGAGGAGCUCUCCUAUCUCUUGCCACCCAAACUGGACCCGGAUGCCAUCUACUUCCACUCUGACCGAGAACACGUGACGUAUAGGAUCUAUCAACUCCUGCCCGAACAAAAACAAGCUCUAGUUGACUUUCUUACCGCCGAUCCUCGACCGUUGACUUGCCCUCUUCCAAUCUUGGGAGAUGACAACAAUCUACCUCGCGUUGAUCCAGAGGAGCCGCUUAAGGCGACUGGGAUUUAUCGGGACAUUUGGGAACGUAAAGACCGCCCUUUCGAGCGGUCUGAUGCCCGGUUGAGGGAUGUGUGGGAUACCAACGACUUCCCAACAAGAGAUGACAAGGGGGCAGCAGCGAACCGCGCGAUGGAGAUGCGGUUCCAAGCUGAAUACGGUGACGACUUCGAUAUCGAUCCCGAACUCUAG